AUGGCACUCAUCAAGCUGGUCUUCGCCUCUUUGGGUGAGUUUUUCACAGUUUUCAGGAACAAUUCUUCAUUGCUUUCUUUGCAGCGAUCACAUCGGUAUGCGGAAUGUACUCGAAGAAGGACGACGUCGUUGAGCUGACCGAGGCCAACUUCCAAUCAAAAGUCGUCGACUCUGACGACAUCUGGAUCGUCGAGUUCUACGCUCCAUGGUGCGGACACUGCAAGAACCUUGUUCCGGAGUACAAAAAGGCCGCCUCAGCUCUGAAGGGAAUCGCCAAGGUCGGAGCCGUCGACAUGACGCAGCACCAGUCCGUGGGAGGACCAUACAACGUUCAAGGAUUCCCGACCCUCAAGAUCUUCGGAGCUGACAAGAAGAAGCCGAUCGACUUCAACGGUAAGCACUGAUCUCUUGCUUUUCUAUUCAGAAAGACACGCGGCGGUACGGCAAACAAACUGAUUUGCGUUUCCUGUUUCGCGUUACUCUCGAAUUGUGUGCACUGUCCGGGGCGGUCAGUCUAUGACUAUUUUCACCGACCGCAACUCAACUAGUUGUGUGUGUUUAGUAACUGUUUGCUCAGAUAUUAUAUUUGUGCGAUCGGCGCCGAGCGACCUUGACGAGGUCAACUAAUUGAGGCGUACCGGUGGAUAGACACACGAGAUCGUCAGUGGUUCUCUUAUUGGGGUCAUCUUGCGUUCUGCGACCGUCAUCUAUCGUUUUUCAGGACAAAGAACCGCUCAGGCCAUCACCGACUCCGUUCUCGCUGAAGCCAAGAAGACCGUGUCUGCUCGUCUCGGAGGAAAGUCCUCCGGUGGAAACAGCGGAUCUGGAUCUGGAUCCGGAAAGCGCGGAGGCAGCGGAAGCGGAAACGACGUAGUCGAGCUCACUGACGCCAACUUCGAGGAGCUCGUCAUCAACAGCAAGGAUAUCUGGCUCGUCGAAUUCUUCGCCCCAUGGUGCGGACACUGCAAGAACCUAGAGCCACAAUGGAAGAUCGCCGCUUCUGAGCUGAAGGGCAAGGUCCGUCUCGGAGCUCUUGACGCCACCGUCCACACUGUCGUUGCCAACAAGUUCGCCAUCCGCGGAUUCCCGACCAUCAAGUACUUCGCUCCUGGAUCUGACGGAAACGACGCUCAGGACUAUGACGGAGGACGUCAAGCGUCGGACAUCGUCGCCUGGGCUUCUGCUCGCGCUCUCGAGAACCUUCCAGCCCCGGAGAUUCUUGAAGGAAACAGCCAGAAGAUUGUCGAGGACUCCUGCAAGGAUAAGCAGCUUUGCAUCUUCGCUUUCCUGCCACACAUCCUUGACUGCCAGUCUGAGUGCCGCAACAACUACUUGGCCAUGCUCAAGGAGCAGUCCGAGAAGUUCAAGAAGAACCUCUGGGGGUAAGCGCUGCAAAAGACAAGCAGAGCACUAAAAUAUUUCAUUUUCAGAUGGAUCUGGAUUGAGGGAGCAUCGCAGCCAGCCCUUGAGGAGGCUUUCGAGGUCGGAGGCUUCGGAUACCCAGCCAUGACCGCCUUGAACUUCCGCAAGAACAAGUACGCUGUCCUCAAGGGAUCGUUCGGAAAGGACGGAAUCCACGAGUUCCUUCGCGACCUUUCCUACGGAAAGGGACGUACUUCUUCGCUCCGCGGAGAUGGAUUCCCGAAGGUCGAGAAGACGGAGAAGUGGGACGGAAAGGACGGAGCCCUGCCGGCCGAAGAUGACAUUGAUCUGUCGGACGUCGACCUCGACAAGUCUGAGCUUUAA